AUGGCGCAGGCGGGCAGCGGGUUUCCCCCCACAAACGCGCCCCCGGGCUUUGCGCCAAGGGCGAUGGUGUCGCUGCUCUCCAGCGAGGCGCAUGUAAAUGACAACGACGCCUUGCUUUUUGGGUCGACGACGUACGAGGCAAAGUAUGUUCAGCCGUCGCCGCUGCUUAAGGGUUCCCUCUACAUCCAGGACCCCAACGAGUUGUCUAACAAGGAUGAGGAUUUGCGCAUAGACAAGCUGACGCUUUCUCAGCUCUACAGCACCGCCUACGUUCCGUACAUGCAGCAAAAACAGCACCAGCUUGAGGCGGAGUUUCCACUCUUGCCAAGUCCUCCCGAUUUUGACGGUGAGACCCCAACUAGCCCUGAGGCUGUGAUGCAGUACAUAAAAGGGCUCUCCGCCGUGUACUGCAAGGAUGCGAAGGAUCCGUCUCCCUUUCAGCUGUACGAGACUCUUGUUGGUGGGCUUAUGGAAGGUAUUGCCGCCAUGACGGCGCAGUCGACGGUUGAAAACAAAGAGGGGAUUUUAAGCGGCGAGCAAACACCCCUGCUUAGCUCCCAAGAGCACGCGUCGGGCGCACUUGGGGUACCGCGUUUCCAGUCCUUCACACCAGCAACAGAAAUGGCGGCGUUAACAAUAUCCAUGUGGCUGUCAAAUAUUAGGCACUUCGACAGCAUUGGCAUCGCCUUGGAAAAGGUUGAGCAAUCUCCGGCCACCACCCGCGCUCUAGAUCCAUCUAUUGUGCGGACCGCAAUUGAAACCUGCAGAGAGCUACUCAUGGAGGAGCGCUGCUCACAGGAGCGAAAGGGUGAGGUGUGCAGCUUGCUGGGACUUGUCGUUCUUCCUCGCGGGGAACUUCAAGAAAUACUUCGCUACGUCGGCAUCCUCGAGGAGUAUUGCUCCCAUUCUCGCUCCAGCAUUGUCCCUAGUGUGCUGCCUCACUAUGAGGCGGUGCUGCGAAGCUUUGCCUUGACCACACCAUCGCAGCAUCUGAUGUCAUCUCCGGUGGAUGCCCACCACUCUGACACGACCAAACUGCCGCUCAUGCUGUCGGAGGGGAUCAGUGUUGUCUGCUUUUGUGUCUCGCCGUGUGGUUUAUUUUUGGCCACCGCCACCGUUUCUGGCAUCUUGCUUUUUGACACCGCGACGGGGGAGAUGCUGGCGGAGUCGGUGGACGUGUUUCUUCCUCGAUCACUGUGGAUUAUGCAGUUUUCCCCUGACUCGAGUAAGCUCAUCCUAACGAUGGUGGCUGGACUGCGUCACGUGGUGCUCAGCACCGAUCUCGUUUACCUCAGCGAACACAACACAGAGUUUCCGGCCAUUCCAACCGCGGUGACGUCCGACGCCAUUGACUUCCUCUUCUCCCCGCGUUUGCCGAGCGGACGAAAAAGUUCCCUCUACUUUGUGGAGUGUGGGAAGACGGUGCUGGACAGGCUCGGUCCCGGCGCCGAUAGGGCUGUUGAGACUUUCGUCAUCUGCUCGCACAUCCACAGCGACUUUGAGGGAAAUUUGGUCGUCUUGGAGGCGGAUGAUGACAGGUUUACGUUGCACCUGCGGGGGGGCGUCAUCACCUUGACGCAGGGCCCCCACAGCUGCUCUGGCGUCUGCCCCAGCGGUGCCCCGUGGCAUUUUAUCUUUUGCAAAUGGAACCGGGGAACGUGGACGCUGGGCAUCGACAAUACUUUGGUUGAACUGCGUGGGGCCCGCACCGCCCAAACCAAAACGCUCAAAGUCAGUCGGGCGACGGUAUUUGAUGGCACUGGGCAUGUGGGCUCUCUUGUGGUUUGGCCUGGAGAGGGACUCGAGGGACGCCUGAUCAAGAAGUUUGCUACUGAACGAGUCUCGGAGGCAUUUGCGAAGCCGUUAUUUUGCCUGCCGCUGGAUGAGGGGGAGGGGUUUUGGCUGAAGGAGCUCGCCACCAUGCGGGCCAUUUGUAUGCCGGAGCAGGCGCUCGUCUGGGACGAGGCCCUCUGCUGUCCGUGCACCCCGCCCGAAUCGCUUGACCACAAUGUUCGCUUUCCACAGCAGCUGCUGCAGCAGUCGGAAGUCCUGGUGAGUCGGUUUCAGGUCCUCAUUGUCAUCCCCUCCGUACACAAGGGAGGGGACGGGAUCGUUCUUGCCGUGCAGCAGGGAUCAAAAUCCAUCAGUCGCGUCUACCGUUGCCCAGGGAGUUACUCGCAGUCGCUUUAUUUCCUUUCCCGUGACGAGUCCUCGUUGUACUCCUUUCAGCAGCGCUUCUCGACCUUCUCAGUAACUUCCAUCUCCACCGCUGCGAGGCGAGAGCACGAAUUACAAGAAAGUGGUAUUCUGCGCACGGAUGCGUUGCGCGGCUCCCCCGAGUGGUUAUACAAUGAGAUCCUGAAACGCAUGUGCAUUGACGGAGUCGAUCUUCUUCGAAUUCCGCCUGAGAUUUCUCCACUGCGGAGUGAAAAUUUGCGCCAACUGUGUACGAUACUGCAAGGUGCCCACCGAGACUCCAACGCUGUCAAGCUGGUGGCGGUCAUGACGCUAACAAUGGUGCACUUUGAGCGGCUUGCACUGGAGGAUGCUGAAUCCCUUUCACAUAUCGCUGCCUCCCUUAAUCGCUCCUGCAAGCAAAUUAUGGAGUAUUUUCCUGAAGGUUACGUUCGCGAUGUGGCUGCCGCAUUGGUCCGGGCCGGUGCUAGUCAAUCGCUAACCAUGGCAGAUAAAGUGGACAUUCUUGUGCACGCCGAUGAUGCAAGGACGGCAGAUGUAAUUGAAAGCUGCAUGUACAAAGAGUCUCUAUACAACAUUAUAUCCUUUGUAAUUAAUGACAGCCCCUCUAAGCUUUUGCUCAUUGCCAAUGGACUUCUUCGGCGCUGCAGACUAGAGGAGGAGGGGCUUUCUUCUGGACGGACAGUGUUUCAUUUUAUGUUGUGGUUUUCGAUUAUAUCCGUUCAACUCCUUCAUGCUCAUGGGCGGGACACAAUGAUUUCUCGUCUACUGGAACUCUACGUUCAGCAUGCGGAAAACCUCCUUCCAAAGCGGUCGUGGGAUGACAGCAUGCAGCAGACUGUUGUUCACACUGGGCUUCUACCGAUGCUGAUCAGUGUUGCCAAAGUGUGUCCCGCAGCGGUCAAGCAAGAGGUGGAAUCGGCGUUGCUGCAUCUCCUUGAUACACUGCCGCAAGAAGCCACCGGUAGCCUCUUCCCUGUGAGCUUUGAAACUCGCCAGGCAAGCGACGUUGUGCCCACCACGAAUGCUGCGCCUUUUAAGUUUCUUCUCGACUAUAAACGAGCGACCACGGUUUCCAUUGCAAAGGAACUGUCUGCCUCGGAAGUGACAGUUAUCACGUCUAACCCUUCCCAUGAGAUGCCAACUAAGCUCGUCUUGAACAACGAGACACCAUUUGCCAAGUUAGAUGGAUCGACCCUAUUGCUUUUUGGAAAUGGAGAGAAUUCGCUUACCAUCGUCUGCAGCUAUGAGCUUUGCGUUGGCACGCCGUGGAGCUCUGUGCUGCGUGAAGGUAUUUUGAAUCUGCUUUUAUCUGCGGCGAGGCAUUUAACAACAACCCCGAGACCGUGCGAUGUCUUUCUGGCGCCGUUGCUGCGUCAUGGGCUGGACACAAAGACGCUCGCGACGCAUGGGUUGGAUGUGCCUGGCAGGGUGAACGACUCCGGCUUCGCGGUGGACAUCCUCAACAAUGUGGGAGAAGGGAAGUCGUUUGUGGAUGAUGUUUGGAAAAAUAUGCGAGGCAGCGUGACGUCCCUCAUGCGGCCUGCCAUUCAGGCGCUCUUAUCUCUGCUCAUACACAGCGGCUUGACUAUACAUCAGGCCACAGACGAGUUAAAACUCCGUUGGUUUAGCGGGGAAUGGGGAAGUAAACUGCAGGGAAGUGGAAAGGAUGCCGCACUGCAGUCGUUGUUGGGUCUGGCCAAAUGGAUUACUUCAUGUGUAUAUUACCAGGCCGAAUCUUCUCCCUUGUACACACGGCGCGCCUCCAACGUACGGCGCUCCACGCAGGAUAAUUCGUCCGGUGCCUCACGGUCUGCGUCAGAUCCAAGGCUUUCUUCCACGUCGAGGCGAAGCACGGUGAGGGGUGUAAUGCAAAAUCAAGACACACUAGAUCAGGUACGUGCACUACUUUCCAAAGGCAUUACUCCCCAGAAUCUGGAAAGUAUUUUGGUGGAAAGAACGGCUUCUGCGUUGAGUAUAGUGCGCGGCUUGCACCUUCUCUCGGCGCUUCUCUCAAAGCUUGAGAAGGUGGAGACGAGAAUGCUCCACGGUGUUCUUCAGACUCUCUGGUUGUUUUCUGGGGAGGGGAGUGGGAAACACAUGGUUGAGAGCCUUGUGGGCGCCGGUAGCGAGUUGGAGAUGCGCGUACGUGUGGCGUUUCAUUCUGUGCUAGAGACGUGUGAAACCCUGUUGGCGAGUAACUGUCCCGGGGAGCUUUCGACGGAGGCGAUGCUGACAGCUCCGGCGGAGCAUGGGCCCUCCACGAUGUUGCUGCUAGCGAUCAUGUGCCAUCCCUGGGACGCCGUGGACUGCGAGUUCUUUAGGUGCACCAGGAACGACGAUGAGGUGACCGGCAUUCUUGGCUACCUGGCGGACCAGAUGGGCCUGUUCACGUGCAACCUGCCCCUGAUGUCCUCACGACGGACAUGCCGCGAGCAAAGCGAGGCGACAAGCGCAAGAAAAGGGACAACUAACUGGGAUGAACUGAUUGGAAUUGCGGAGCACGUGUCUAUCAACUCGAUUUUGCCAAAUGGAUUUUCUAUUACUAUUCCAAACCUGCAGCUUUCUCUUUCGGCGGAUGGUGUCACCUUUGAGAAGACGGUCUCCGGCGCACUGACGUUGCGCGCGGAUGAGGCUUGGCCCCUGCCACGGCACAUGGCUUGGUUUGGCGGUGUUCCCCGCGUAUACUACUUUGAGGUGACGCUCACCUUUCCGUGCCAUGUCUUUGCACUGGGGCUGGGCCACUGCCGGGGUGGGGUGGAGCGUGGGGUGGAAAUGGCCUACUUCUACGAAAACUCCGGCGACACCCACCUUGUCCCCUGCCCGCCCUUUGAUGAGGGCGACACGGUUGGCUGUGGAGUUGUGGCGACAACGCGACGCGUAUUUUUCACACUCAACGGUGUCUUCAUCUCCUUCAUGGGGAUCGUGAAUGAAAAGACCGAGGCUCUCUACCCUAUAAUUCGCGUCAAUAACCGUGAACGUGCAGGAUUUACAGUAAACUUUGGCUCUACAGCCUUUUGCUACGAUUUUCGUAGGUUGCACCCCGCCCUUUCGGUGAGUGGGCGCCCGACUUGGUACAUCGUGGCCUCAACCGCAGAAAUCGUUCUUCACUACAUCUCCGCCCGUGCCGGCUUCAUGCGAGAAUCUGGUAAACCGUGCACAAAGAUCUUUCUCAUUAAGUGCUGCGAGUUGGUUUGCCGCAGCAUUCACAAAGUUGCCUCAACUGUUAUGGACAUUGGCGUGAGCAAGGUGGAGGCUUCUGAGAGCUGCGUGGAGGAGGCAGUCAUCCUGUCGGUCGCCGACUCCUCGCUCACAAAGUUUAUCGCCACGCUUCGCCACAUCCUGCAAAACCCCAUACAGUACCCGAUGCCCGAGGUGGUGGGGGAGAUGGUGUUUGACGCGGCGACCGUUCUCAUGAUGUUGCCGCUGCAUUCCAUACGAAUGUCCACCAUCAGUUUUUUCCCGGAACUUCUUUCACACGUUUCGCGCGUGCGGGACGUCAGCGCCUCAAAAAAGCUGGUGAAAACCCUCUUUGAGCACGCAAAACUGCCGGUGGAUACCCAUGGUAAGAUUCCCUUUGUCCCCUACUGGCGGGAGUGUGAUAACCGAUGUAUGACCAUCACGCAUGUGCAGGUGGCUUGCAUGCAACCAGAGGCGCAGCGAAGCAUUGCUUUGGGCAACAUUCUCCCGCGCGUGGGGAAGGUGUCCUUCACGGUGCGCCUUUUUCGCAAAGGGAUGUCGAAGGGACACUCCCUGAAGGGUGGGUACUACAUUGGGAUAUCCGUUGCUAACCUGACGCCCCUCUCCCCGGCAAGUAACUCCCAGAGCUGGAAGGCGGUGAAGCCACCCAUUGUAUGGGCGCUUCACGACGUCUCGCCUCAGCUGCCCCAUGCCACAAAUCCGACGGUAAAACCAAACGUUUUCCACCGCAGCUUCGGCAGCGGUGACGAAGUUCGUGUAACCAUUGACUGUGACAAACAAACGGUAAGUUUUCAUCGAGACAAUGAGUUUCUAAAGACUUUGUUCACGGACAUUCCAAAUAAUGUUGAUUUGGUGCCAUUUGUGCAGCUCUACAACGACGAUGCUUUCGCCUACAUAAGUCCUGGGGAAAUGACGGCGCCGAUUUCGUCGUCCACCCUCCUCGGUGCGGCUUCUGUGGAUGUAUUGCGUUCCAUGUUGACCCUGGAGCCGUUUGAGCGCUUGGUGGCAGACGGUCUUUGCAAGGAGCUUGAUGAGGCGGCGUUCCCCAACGUCACCUUGGCGUUGUUUAGGAGCACACCAGACCCACGUGUUUUACAGCUCUGUUGCCGUAACGGUGAAAAAAUUCUGGUCACCGUUCGUCGUUUGACGCAGUGGCGGGUCAAGUUUUCUGUUGGCAACUUGGCGUACUACGAGCACAUCAACAACCUCCGCACUGCCUCCUUUUUGGGUGCACAUGGCACCUUUGACGUCAGUGAUGUCUCCUCGUCCUUGUCGGGCAUUCAGCGGUGCAUCGCCAGUUUGGUGGCGGCGCUUCGCCGUCUCGUUCUCCCGCUUGUCACGACCCAGGCGCUCUCUCUACAGGAGACUCAGCAGCGGCAAGACACACUUGCGGAAGAGAAUGAUCAGUGGGACUAUUUGUUUCACGGUGUCCGUGUGACGCAGUUUCUCAGCAUUCAGCGACUGUCCCAGAAUCUUCCGCUUCUGGAGUCACCGCGUGUGCCUGUGGAUUACACCUUCUCUGCCGUGUUGUCGCAUCCUGGCUUCUAUUUUUCUCCCCGGUACUGCGGCCGCCUGGCGACGGUGCCAAGCGGCGCGGAAAAUACCACCACACCUUUCAUUGCGUUUGCAGAGCCCGCUGUUCCACGGUCUGGUCGAUUUAACUUGCGUUGCCAGUUCAUGCGCGGGCACACGGGGCAGAUAUUGGGCGGUGGGUACUACUUUGGUGUAUGCGUUGCGUCAUUCGACUGGAAGCGGCGGGAUUUGAAUGUGGGCAACCCAGAGGUGUGGGCCAUACACGACAUGGAUGAUGCCCCGUGGCGCCUGCGUCACCUGUACCCAGGCACGCGUUUCCAGACCAUUGCGGACCCAAGUUGCAUCCUGGUAAGUGGGGACAUUGUUCGCCUCGAGGUUGAUCGUGACGAGGGCACCAUGCACGCCUAUCGCAAGGGCAUCAACCAAGAGGAGGUCUUAAUGGGUCUUAUUUUUGACAACCUGCCCAGAGACAUGGAACUCUUCCCCUUUGUGCACCUGUACAACACAGACGCUGUCGCAGUGCUUUUACCAUCCGCUGGAGAUCGACCGGCAACACGCACAACGGUUCAACAGCCACAUUUCGCACUGUGCUUUUCAAAUGUCAAGCGCAACUGCGAUGGCUGUGUCACGCAGCACCUGGAGACACGCUUGACAUCCCGCGUCUGGUACAAGUGCAACGAAUGUGUGGAUUACAACUUGUGUCAUUCCUGUUUUACGCUUUGCAUUCAUUCACACCACUCCUUUACCGAAAUGGGGCCAGAUCCUCUUGUCUACUCCAGUGCUCCCCCAAAGUUUCUGGCGUUGGGCAUGAAGGUCAUGAUUCCCGGAACCACGGCACUGUAUUUGAAGAAUUGGGGUUGUCGCUUGUUGGAGAAGCACAUGAAUUGUGUUGCGGAAGCGAAGAAAAAUGGUGCAGUGGCAAUGUGGGGUAUUGUGUUUAAAAAGGUAGCCACCUUCACGGUUGUGGUGGACACGUUAAGCGGCGAACCGCUUUCCUCUGAGACACCCGUGUUUGUUGGCGUCGGUGAAGCAGAGGACGUUACUUCCUUGUCCGUCGAAAUGCUUCGUGAGCGAUGUAUGUCGGGGGCGGCCAAUGUUGCUUCCCUCUGCAGCGAUUCCUCCAUGGGGCGAAAGCUCAACUCUCCGAGUCUUUCCCCCUACGGCUUCCGGCGCGGCUCGACGAUCACCAUCGAGGUGGAUGCCGUGGCGGGGGAGGCCACCAUUCGUCGCGACUGGGUGGCGCUCGGGACACAGUCCUUUCCCGCCUCCCGCUCGGGCAGCCCCGCCAACUUGGCUGGGUUUGUCCUGUUUGGCCGAAGGAACGUCGUUGCCUCCGUUUACCCCGAGAUUAAGCAAACCCUACCCGCAGUUGUGGAGGAGGUGACGGGCACGUUUUUGCGCGUUUCUUGCCAAGGACGAGUUCGGCUGCUAAGACCCGAGCACUGCCGUCUCCCCUUGGCGUCCUGCCAAAGUUUGCCUGAGGUGGGUGCACUGGGGUAUGUCUUUCUGAAGAAGGAUCUCGUGCAGGGCAAAGUUGUUGCCGUUGAAAAGGACGAAGUGGCGGUUCUUUUGCGUCUGGACAACGUGGUUCAAUGGGUUCCCUAUUCCCAGUUCCUAACAGGCCGCUGUGACGCUGUCGCUGAGGAGCGUCUGCUUCAUCGCGAAAUUGACGAGACAGGUGUUACAAUGAGUGAUGGAUUUGUUAUUUCCAGGCUUUUGCUUAUUCUUUCAUGCCUGUACGAGAAUGAAACAAUUUCGCCCAUUCUCUUGUCCCACAGCCCGACAAUUUUAAAUGUACUUCGUCCCAUGGCCGCCGUGGAGAUUGGGAAUGAUGCGCCCAUCGAGUUUAUUCAAGAGGUUCGUACCGCAGUGGAUGUGACGUGCAAUUGCAUCCGUGACAUGACAGGCAGCAAGAGCUUGGCGGGGUUUAUUCCGUCUCUUUCGAUUGGCGGCCAGCAAUGCAAGCUGAAGAGAAAUUUGCUCAUGUGCGCUAUAGAGGGUCCACAGCGCGGCAAAAUUUUUAAAGUUUCCUCUGUGGAAUCGCCAAAUUCCUUUAAGGGCGUGGAGGUUGCCAACGCUUCUUCAACGGCCGUGCUAAACGUGGUGGACUGCAUUCCAGUAAAGCAAUCGGGUGGGAGGCCGUGGUGGACGAUACACAAUGGCUUGCCCUGCAACUUGCUGGAGCACACCUUGCGCGUGAUGGAUUCCGAAAAUCGUCUGUGUGACACGACGCUGGAGGGGGAGUGGCAGGGAGAGAUCACGAUACCGAGAAGAGGCACUGGCUCCAUUUUUCUUCGUCUUACGGCAGACUGUGGGGGCUCGGCAACCGUGACUUUCCCCACCGGGGCCAGGGAGUGCCUUGUUUUCGGUGAAUACAUGCGGUACAGCAGGACUGUGCGUCUUUGCCUGUAUCGUGCGACGGGCUCAACGGCCUCGCAUAAAUUUCGUUUCCAAAAAGGUGUGAAGCAUCCGACAUUUGAGGCUGCUGUGGAUCAGCUAGAACCCAUGCUCUCCGGUAAUAAAGAACCCACGUUUCUCGUUGUUAUGGAUGGCAGUGUUGACACGGGCAGUCAGCGGGUGUUGGGCGAAUGGAAACCGAGGAAUGACAGGGCCGGUUCUUUUGUUGUCAACACAUUCCGUCGAGUCAGCUUCAUUGCCCCCACAACCGCCUUGGCGCACGUUGAGCCUUUGCCGGAGUGCAGAGACCCGGUGAUACCACCAGCUCCCCAGCGAGACAUGGCAUCUACCAUGCAUCGUCUUGUCGUGCUUCUGGCUCGGCACUUGUACCUGUUCAUCCUUUACAAGGGCGGAGACGUGGACAGGGAGGCAUUUGAGUGCAUUGUUUACUACCAUUCCCACCCGCUGGCCAACCAAAUCGUCUCCACCUACGCCGAUCCGGAGCAGCGGCUACGCAUCGUGUAUGGGACUCUCAGUCUUAUUUUGGACCCCAAUACGAAGCCAUGGGAUGCGAUGACGCUCUCGAUCCUCGUUACGAAGAAUCUGCUCCUUCGACGUGAUGCUGUUGCCGAUUUUCCGAGCCUUGUUUGGGAUUUGUUUCACGCCGUAGUGGCGGCGACGCACCAGUGCGGCGCCGAGUACCGUCACCACCUUUUGAGAAAUGUUAUUGCGUUUGUUGGGAGGCACCGUGAUGGGUUUCACGACAUUUAUACGCAGCUUCUCUCGCUGCUGCUGAGCUGGGUGGAUCGAAACGUCCCUAACUUCCUGCACUACAGCGAGAGCCGCAAGGACGUUGCCGCGGGAGUGGAACUUGUCAUGAGUGUUGAAAGAUCACUCCUUAAGGAAACCAUCCGAAACAUUCCUUUGGCCCCACUGCAGUGCCUGAUCGACAUGUCACACGCCUUCACGGAGGGGCUCCCGCUACCAAAGGCGGUGGAUCUUGCGGGGGAAGAGGCGGCCUUGCGUGAGAGUCCACCUGUGGAGGCGCACUGCGCCUUUGGUGAAUUUGCGGAGGGGGUACUUAAGGUCGGUAAAGUUAUGAGUUCAUGUGCGGCGGGCCCACGCGGAAAUUUCUACUACGAGGUGGUGUUGCCAGACCGACUCACCGCGCCGUUUGUCGUUGGAUGGGGAACGGAGGAGCACACAGAGGUUCCAAGCCUACAUGUUGGGAGCGACACCUGCAGCUUUGCCUUCACCGGAAAUGAACUGACGUCAAAGAAUAAAAAAGAAGAGUAUAAGCCUGGACAAGAGGUGACACCCGGAUCCGUGAUUGGGUGCUUGCUUGACAUGAAUGAAAAGCUUGUGUCGUGGUCCGUGAAUGGGGCAUAUGGCUCUUUUGUCCCUAUUCCUAUCGAACACGAGGAUAGAGGCUUGUAUGCAUUCAUGUCCACAGGCUUUUGCAGUGGCAUGCGGGUGGCAUUGGAUGCUGCACAGUUUGUAUAUGUGCCCGAUGGCUAUUGCGACUUGUCCGGACGCUUCACGCGCGUUCAGAUCAUGGCGUACGCGGAGCAGCCUCUUCAAAGUGUGCUGCCUGUGCGACCAUUAUCAUUUUAUGAGCAGUUGGCGUCAUACCUUUCUGACACAGAGGAUUCCACCUUGUUGAAGCUGCAGGCAGGCAAUUCUUCCUUAUCGGCGUUGUCGUCUGUACGAGUAGAGCCUUUGGAGGUCGAGCUAUUGUCACGUUACCCAUUAUUGUUGCAAAUGGACUACGAGGAAAGGAAGGAACACGCGAAGGUUAUUCAUGUUGCAGAGAGCUGCAUGGCUACCGCGCGUCGUUUUAUCGAUCUAGACAGUGAUGUUGUCUACGGUCGACUGUCUUCUGCAUUUCUACUUAUGAAACGUAUUGUGCGUCGUUCAUUUGGAAAGAACCUGCUUGUAAGCAUUCCUCCUGUUGAGAAAAAUUCCAACCCGCCCAGCAUCACUGUGCGAAUCACGGAAUUGUACUCCACGCUUGCACGUCCACCUGAGGUGGCUCUACAGCACUCAGUGCUGUCACAGAUGUAUAAACAGAUCGGGUCUUUCACGGACAAGCAGCUUCGACAAAGUCCACUGUUUAAGGUGCACUUAUACAUUUCCGGCAGUGGACACGCCCCGCACGACCUUGGAGGACCGUACAGGCAGUUGUGGACCUUCCUUAGCGAGGAACUCAUGGCACACCCGGAUAAGUGUUAUCCCCAUACAGACUACCACAGGAACCCACUCUGUCGCUACUUGAACAACUCACGGAGAAUUGCGUUGGUCCCCGAUAGCUCUGCUAAUUCUGCUUAUGAUAUUAUUUUGUUGAAUUUUCUUGGAAAAAUUAUGGGCCAUAUGGCUGCCGCCAAGACGCCUCUGGCGUUGGAUUUUUCGCCAUUUGUGUGGAAGUACCUUGUGGAGGACGCACUCACAAUAAAAGACUACUACAGGUACGUUGACAGUGUGGUGGAGAAGAGCAUGGAGGACGCCGAUUUCUUGAUGAGUGGGAUGGCUGAGGAAAUUAUUCCAAAUCUUGCUGCAAUGCUGGAGGUACUGGGAAAUGAGGAGGUGGGUGAGAAGGCCAAGCUGGCUACCUGUCGUCGCCUGGCGGAGGAUUGUCUGCUGCACUCCAUGGACCUGCAGCUGAAUGCCAUUCGGGAAGGGAUGUGGUCUGUCCUGCCCAAACGUGUUGUCCGCUGCCUCUCCUGGCGGGAUUUGGAGCGCAUGGUCUGCGGUGACUCAAACCUAACCCCCGAACUGAUGAGGCAAUCCAUCGAGGUCCAGUUGACCGGGAUGCGGGAGCAGGCUUUCUGGCGCAUCAUUGACGAACUCACCGUGGAGCAGCGCUCCUCCUUUCUUUGCUUUGCCUGUGGGCAGAAGCGACUCCCCCUCAUCCGCAGGAUUAAGCUGACGGAGAAUACAGAGAGCAUGGAUCACCUUCCCCGAGCACAGUCGUGCUCCUCCUUGGUGACCAUUCCGCCCUACGAUACCUACGAACUCUUUAGGGAAAAGAUGCUUCUUGCUAUCGCGCAUGAAAUGGAGAUGGAGCUGGCGUAG